GAGAUCGUUAAGAUCUCCUCGGAACAGGAAACUGCGGUGUAAACUAGGAAGCUGAUCCCACGAGGAGAUUGGAUUGAACCCUAGCCUCUCGGGUGGAGCGACGCCAGUAUAUAAGAGGGGACAACGGCGGCGCAAGGAGAUCGAUCGGAUUAUCUUAUCUACCUUGCGCGCGCACGUACGUAGGUCCAAGAUCCAGCCAUGGCGUCGAGCGACAACGACGACCAGGGCUACAGCGAUUUCGACGAGGAGGAGGACCCGAUCGAGCUCGAGUCGGACGACGACAUGGCGACGCUGCUGGCCGCGAGGAGGCAGAAGUACAAGGUCCUCACCGAGGACGCCGUGCGCGCGCUCCAGGACGACUGCAUCGCCGGGGUCGCCGACCUCAUCCAGGUCCCGCCGGCGAUCGCGGCCAUCGUCCUGCGCCACUGCCACUGGAGCUCCCUCGUGGUCCAGGACAAGUGGUUCUCCGACGAGCAGGGCCUCCGCGCCGCCGUCGGCCUGCUGCCGCCCAGCGACGGCGACGCCGUGGCAGAGCCCAAGCGCAAGCGCAAGGGUAAGAAGCUCACCUGCGACCUCUGCUUCGACAAUCACGCUCCAAGCCAGAUGAAGUCGGCGGGGUGCGGCCACCUGUACUGCCGCGUUUUCUGGCGCGGGUACAUACGCGCGGCGGUGGAGGACGGCGCCCGGUGCCUGUCGCUGCGGUGCCCGGACCCGUCCUGCUCGGCGGCCGUGAUCCGGGACCUGGUGGACGACGUCGCCGACGAGGAGGACAAGCAGCGGUACGCGGGGUUCGCGCUCCGGUCGUACGUGGAGGAGAGCAAGACCAUGAGGUGGUGCCCCGCUCCCGGGUGCGGCCUCGCCAUGGAGUACCUCGGCGGGGAAAGCCUGAGCGAGCAGCUGGACGUGGUGUGCGACUGCGGCCACGGCUUCUGCAUCGUGUGCGCGGAGGAGUCGCACCGGCCGGUGCCGUGCCGCACGGUGCGCGAGUGGGCGGCCAAGAACAGCUCCGAGUCGGAGAGCACCAACUGGGUGAUAGCCAACACGAAGCUCUGCCCCAAGUGCCGGCGCCCCAUCGAGAAGAACACGGGCUGCAACCACAUGACCUGCCGGGACCCCUGCCGCCACCAGUUCUGCUGGAUCUGCCUCGCCGACUACCACGGCGGCCACACCUGCAACCGCUACGAGGUCGACGAGAUCGACGCCCGGCAGGCCUACGCCAGGGCCUCCCUUGACAGGUACAUCCAUUACUACGAGCGCUGGGUGGCGCAUGAACACUCACGCCAGAGGGCCAGCGAGGACAUGUUCGAGCUGGAGAGCGCCCGCGAGGUCUACCUCGAGGGCGCCGCCGCCGACGAGGCGCAGAGGCAGCUCGGGUUCCUCAUCGACGCCUACAGGCAGAUCCUGGAGGGGCGACGGAUGCUGAGGUGGACCUACGCAUACGGCUACUUCGCCGACAGGGACAAGCUCAACCUCCUCGAGUGCCUCCAGGGCGAGGCCGAGGGCUCGCUGGAGCGCCUCCACGAGAUGGCCGAGGCGGAGCGCACCGCCAGCGAAAACUACUACGCUGCCGACGGCGGCGUCUCGUCCUACUUCGACAGGCUAGCAAAGCUCACCAAACAGACCCACGAUUACUUUGAGAGCAUGGCUGAAGCUUUCCAAACCGAUCUCGACUAGCAAAAGGUUCCUGGUUUAACUACAAGUACAGUUGCUUUUUUUUACUUAGAGCUAGACGAUUUUCCACCUUAAUUCAUCCAUUGCCAGAUGUAGUAGCUUUCAUCUGAACUCCUUUGCUUUUUGCAACUUUUUAGAUUUGGUUCUUUAUGUUACUACGGUCAACUGUUUGUCAAACGCCGUUUUCCGCUAAUGUGUCCUUGUUUUGGCCAACAUGAUAGAUGUCUAGAUUAAUUGGUUUGCUACCAACUUUUGGCAAGCCAACGUUUGGCAAAAUCAAAAGUUGUCGACAUUUAGCAACUUAUUAUAAGAUUCGCAACGAAAAUUGGUAUGCAACCAAAACCAACAUCCGGCUGAAGCACCAUCUUUGCCACUCCGAUGAGCAGCAUAGCCGGACAUAGGGAAGAUAUGGGGAAAGAAUAUGCCUCCGGGACUCCGUUUUCGUCCAAAAUAUAACUGUUUUCGUUCGGUUUGUAUGAAA